AUGGGGAGGGAUGAUAGAGAUGCCUUCUACGCCUGUGACUUGGGGAUGUGCUUAAAAACACCUGCGCUGAUGAGGGCCCUGCCUCAUGUCACUCCUCUUUCUUAUGCUGUCAAAUGCAAUGACAGUCGGGCCAUAAAAACACUGGUUUCCCUGGGAACUGGAUUUGACUCAAGUAGCAAGACAGAGCUUGAGCUGGUUCUGUCUCUGGGGGAUCCAAGCAGAAUCAUCUAUGCCAACCCUGUAAGGCAAAUUUCUCUUACAUCAAGUACAAGGCCCGCCCAUGGGGUCCAGAUGAUGACAUUUGAUAGUGAAGCAGAACUCAUGAAAGUGGCCCGUCAUGACAAUGCCAAACUAAAGGUAGUAAAGCUCGCCUGAGUGUGGUAAGUUUGGGGCCUCCGGGCCAAAUCUUGUCGAGGUCUUCUGGAGCGGGCUAAAGAACUGGGACUGAACGUGAUCGGUGUCAGCUUCCAUGUUGGCACUGGUUGUACUGAUCCGAUGGCCUACAUGCAGGCCAGCGAUGCUCGCUGUGUUUUCCAUAUGGGCGAUGAGUCUGGCUUCAACAUGGAUCUCUUGGACAUUGGUGGUGGUUUCCUGGUUCUGAUGAUGCUGGACCUAAAUUUGAAGAGGAAAGAUAUCACGGAUGUAAUCCACUCUGCCCUGGACAAGUAUUUCGCUGACUCUGGGGUUAAGGUCAUCGGUGAGCCAGGAUCCUUUUAUGUAGCUUCUGCUUUCACACUGGUUGUCAAUAUCAUUGCCAAGAAGGUCAUCAUGGACUCAACUCUGAUGGAAGACAAAGAGACCAAUGACAGGACUAUGAUGUACUAUAUCAAUGAUGGAGUGUAUGGAACUUACAUUUACACUCUUUCACCAUACGCCACUCCUGUUCCGGCGCUGCACAAGAAGCCAAAGCCAGAUGAGAUCAUGUACCCCUGCAGUAUCUGGGGCCCAACUUGUGAUGGUCUUGAUCGCAUUGUUGAGCAGUGUAACCUGCCUGACAUGCAAGUGGGCGACUGGCUGGUCUUUGAAAACAUGGGUGCCUACACCGUGGUUACCUCCUCCACCUUCAAUGGUUUCCAAAGACCUGGCAUUCACUAUGUCAUGUCCCGUCCUGCUUGGCAACACAUGCAGCAGAUUUGUUUGCAGGGGAUGCCAGCUCCUGCAGAGGAGUUUCACCUGUUUGAAGUAUCAACCUAGAGAGCAGCUUAUGAUGCACCUAAGUUACAUUCCUGGCUAGUAACUCACAAGGAGGUUAACUAUUAAAACACAGGGAAUCGAACAGCA